GCUAUGUAAAGUUUAUAUUUUGUUCAAAUACAACCAUAAGAGGUGGCUAAAAACUACGUUUAAAUAUAUUUAAGGAGUUGCGCCUAUAGCACAUGAAUGAUACAUUGAUUGACCCCCAGAACGAACAAAAUCCGCUGUUCAUUGCACCUCCCACGUACACCAUUCCUUACAUCAUGGCGGCAGGUUUGAUUUCUGAAGAUGAAUUCCUGAACUUUACCCAACAUUUCUUGUCUUUGAAUGUAAAGAAUCGAGAUACCUGGGAACUAAGGGAGUCUAUCUUUGACAAGAAGGAGGUUUACCUGUACAAGCGGGUCAGUGUUGUGGACAAACUUAGGAGUUGUGACCAAGUGUGUGGGUCAGUUCCUCCUGAUGGUGUCACCAAAACUCAUUCUCAACUUACAGAAGAUAGUGACGUUGUCACAACAGAGGAAGAGGAAGACAGUGCCUGCCUUGGAUCAGGGGCAGACAACCCUAGCAGUGAGAUUUCCACCACUGACACCACAGUCCCUGUCCACCUAGUGUAUGAGUACCACAUCGUUUACAGCCGCAGUUACAAUGUUCCUGUCCUUUACUUCAACGUGUAUAAACCAGAUGGCAGUAUGAUGAGCCUAACAGAGGUGUGGGAUCGUGUUCCGGGGGUGUAUCGGGAUCGACUGCAACAGGACAGAUGGACCUUCCUCACACAACAGGAACAUCCGAUCCUGGGGCGGCCAUACUUCCAGCUCCACCCCUGUCACACUGCCGACCUGAUGGAACAGGUGGUAGGUCUCUUUCCCCCAGGACAACACAGUAACUACAUUGUUUCCUGGCUGAGUGCUGUUGGGCCUGUGGUUGGCCUUGACCUACCUUUGAACUUUGCUCAAAUGACCAUGGAUGACCCGCCAUGAACCAGUGUUUUCAAGUGAUGCAGACUUGUUGUCAUUGAUGGCCGAGCUCAUGCAAUCAUCAACCAAUUACUAUAGUCGAGCUGUUACACUAAAUGGGCUUACACAUGCUGAUAAACAACAGCCAAUCAUUGCCUUGCUUUCAAAUAAUUAGGCAUGCCAAGAUAAUGAGUAGUUUUUAGUCCCCUACCGGGAAACCGGGGGGACUAUAGUUUUCCCCUCCGUCUGUCCGUGGGUCCGUCCAUCUGUCUGUCUGUGCGUC